AUGUGUGCAUCUGUCUGCCCGCAGGUCUCCGUGCUGGUCUUCAUCGCCCUGGCCUUCCUCACCUGCGUCGUCUUCCUGGUCGUCUACAAGGUGUACAAGUACGAGCGCCUCUGCCCCGACGGCUUCAUCCUCAAGAACACGCAAUGCAUCCCCAACGGCCUGGCGGCCUACUACGCGGAGCAGGACCCGCACUCCCCGGACAAGGUCUACGCCGUGGUGAACCACUACAACCUGGCCAAGCAGAGCGUCACCCGCUCCGUGUCGCCCUGGAUGUCCGUGCUGUCCGAGGAGAAGCUGUCGGAGCAGGAGACCGAGGCCGCGGAGAAGGCAGCCUAG